UCAGCCUGCAAGGCAGAUGUGAUGGUUGGAAAUAUAGAGUGUGUAUCUUGGCGGAUGACAAACUCACUCAUUCUCUUCCAGAGAGCAAGGCAUAGCACAGCACUGACUUGGAAAGAUGUCAGUGGUGGAGAAGCUGACUCCGCCUGUCAAUGCCUGUCUCUGUGCACAGACAGGACUCCACAGCUCUGCACGUGCUAAGACCCAGUGUGGCGGAAGGAACUGCUGUUUGUUGUUUUUCUUCAGUAAAAUGGUAUGGGGGAUCUUCUUUGCUAUGUUAGACUUACUAUGUUAGACUUAAGAGGUUGAUCCCAUAUCUGGCAGAUGGCAUUCUCCAAAGGCGAAGCAACACACCUGAAGGUAAUGUUCCAGUCCAGUCUCAUAGUGAUCUGAAGAAGAAGAUAACUGGAAUCAGGAGGUCUCCAAAAUGGAAAAAGAACUAAACCAGAAGUCUGGACAUUUGAAUUUAUGUCCUGGGUGUCUCUCAAUAGAAUAUUUAACACUACUUUUCUGGGCUCCUUACUUUCAUUUUUCAGAUAUGGGAAUAGAACUAUUAGUAUUUUGCAAAAAUGUUUGGUAGCAAGAAACAUUUCACACUGUGAUACACACAUGUAGCUGAAAUGAAAGAUUGCAAAACUGUGAUAUUUUUCUGGUCUAAUCUAUAUUUUCUAAAUGUUGGCCACGACCCAUUAAAUAGAUUUCAUGACCCAUGAAUUCAUUACAGUUUUGGACUAGAUAGAUGAGCUCUUUUCCAACUCUCUUAUCAUAUAGUUCUACAUGUCUAGAGUGAAUUUCUGGGACCAGGCCAAACUCACGGGUAGAAAAAGUACACAUUUUGUUUGGAGAGAUUGUCAACCCAUCUGAGUCACUGCAGUUGAUAAGAAAAAUCAAAAGCACUCCACAGAGGUAACAAAAUAACAACAGGAGAAAACCAGCUUGCCUACUAUCAACCUUCUCCAGCCCAACUCCCACACAAGCCACUGGGUCAUCCAAUCCAGUUCAAAGCAGUGACUUUCAAAUAAGAGGGCUUAAUAAAAAUGCUGAUGCAUUACCUGCAGAUACUCCUGAUUUUAUUUUUGAGAUGCUUUCAGUAUCAUUCUUUGGGGAAAAGAAAGAGAGAUCAGAUUGUUACUGUGUCUGUAUAGAAAGAAGCAGACAUAGGAGACUCCAUUUUGUUCUGUAUUAAGAAAAAUUCUUCUGCCUUGAGAUGCUGUUAAUCUAUAACCUUACCCCCAACCCCAGGCUCUCUGAAACACAUGCUGUGUCAACUCAGGGUUAAAUGGAUUAAGGGCUGUGCAGGAUGUGCUUUGUUAAACAGAUGCUUGAAGGCAGCAUGCUCCUUAAGAGUCAUCACCACUCCCUAAUCUCAAGUACCCAGGGACACAAACACUGCGGAAGGCCACAGGGACCUCUGCCUAGGAAAGCCAGGUAUUGUCCAAGCUUUCUCCCCAUGUGAUAGUCUGAAAUAUGGCCUCGUGGGAAGGGAAAGACCUGACCAUCCCCCAGCUCGACACCCGUAAAGGGUCUGUGCUGAGGAGGAUUAGUAUAAGAGGAAGGCAUGUCUCUUUGCAGUUGAGACAAGAGGAAGGCAUGCGUCUCCUGCCGGUCCCUGGGCAAUGGAAUGUCUCGGUAUAAAACCCGAUUGUAUGUUCCAUCUACUGAGAUAGGGGAAAACCGCCUUAGGGCUGGAGGUGAGACAUGCGGGCAACAAUACUGCUCUGUAAGGCAUUGAGAUGUUUAUGUGUAUGCGUAUCUAAAACACAGCACUUAAUUCUUUACCUUGUCUAUGAUGCAGAGACCUUUGUUCACGCGUUUAUCUGCUGACCUUCUCUCCAUUAUUAUCCUAUGACCCUGCCACAUCCCCCUCUCUGAGAAACACCCAAAAAUGAUCAAUAAAUACUAAGGGAACUCAGAGGCUGGCGGGAUCCUCCGUAUGCUGAAUGCUGGUCCUCUGGGCCCCCUUAUUUCUUUCUCUAUACUUUGUCUCUCUGUCUUUUUCUUUUCCAAGUCUCUCAUUCUACCUAACAAGAAACACCCACAGGUGUGGAGGGGCAACCCACCCCUUCAUCUAGUGCCCAACAUGGGGGUUUUUCUCUAGGGUGAAGGUACGCUCGAGCGUGGUCAUUGAGGACAAGUUGACGAGAGAUCCCGAGUACGUCUACAGUCAGCCUUACAGUGCGCUCGGACAAAGCUAGGGUGACAAUGGGGCAAAUUAAAGGAAAACUAAAAAUAAAUACGCCUUUUAUCUCAGCUUUAUUAAAAUUCUUUUAAAAAGAGUGGGAGUUAGAGUAUCUACAAAAAAUCUAAUCAAGCUAUUUCAAACAAUAGAACAAUUUUGCCCAUGGUUUCCAGAACAAGGAACUUUAGAUCUAAAAGAAGACUGGAAAAGAAUUGGCAAGGAACUAAAGCAGGUAGGAAGGGUAAUAUCAUUCCACUUACAGUAUGGAAUGAUUGGGCCAUUAUUAAAGCAGCUUUAGAACCAUUUCAAAGAGAAGAAGAUAGUGUUUCAGUUUCUGAUGCCCCUGGAAGCUGUGUAAUAGAUUGUAAAGAAAAGACAGGGAAAAAAUCCCAGAAAGAAAUGGAAAGUUUACAUUGCGAAUAUGUAGCAGAGCCAGUAAUGGCUCAGUCAACGCAAAAUGUUGACUAUAAUCAAUUACAGGAGGUGAUAUAUCCUGAAACAUUAAAAUUAGAAGGAAAAGGUCCAGAAUUAGUGGGGCCAUCAGAGUCUAAACCACGAGGACCAAGUCCUCUUCCAGUAGGUCAGAUGCCCGUAACAUUACAACCUCAAACGCAGGUUACAGAAAAUAAGACCCAACUACCAGUAGCUUAUCAAUACUGGCCGCCAGCCAAACUUCAGUAUCGGCCACCCCCAGAAAGUCAGUAUGGAUAGCCAGGAACGCUCCCAGCACCACAGGGCAGGGCGCCAUACCCUCAGCCACCCACUAGCAGACUUAAUCCUAUGGCACCACCUAGUAGACAGGGUAGUGAGUUACAUGAAAUUAUUGAUGAUAAGUCAAGAAAGGAAGGAGAUACUGAGGCGUGGCAAUUCCCAGUAACGUUAGAACCGAUACCACCUGGAGAAGGAGCCCAAGAGGGAGAGCCUCUCACAGUUGAGGCCAGAUACAAGUCUUUUUCGAUAAAAAUGCUAAAAGAUAUGAAAGAGGGAGUAAAACACUAUGGACCCAACUCCCCUUAUAUGAGGACAUUAUUAGAUUCCAUUGCUCAUGGACAUCAUAGACUCAUUCCUUAUGAUUGGGAGAUUCUGGCAAAAUCGUCUCUCUCACCCUCUCAAUUUUUACAAUUUAAGACUUGGUGGAUUGAUGGGGCACAAGAACAGGUCUGAAGAAAUAGGGCUGCCAAUCCUCCAGUUAACAUAGAUGCAGAUCAACUAUUAGGAACAGGUCAAAACUGGAGCACUAUUAGUCAACAAGCAUUAAUGCAAAAUGAGGCCAUUGAGCAAGUUAGAGCUAUCUGCCUUAGAGCCUGGGAAAAAAUCCAAGACCCAGGAACCGCCUGCCCCUCAUUUCAUACAGUAAGACAAGGUUCGAAAGAGCCCUACCCUGAUUUUGUGGCAAGGUUCCAAGAUGUCGCUCAAAAGUCAAUUGCCGAUGAAAAAGCCCGUAAGGUCAUAGUGGAGUUGAUGGCAUACGAAAACGCCAAUCCUGAGUGUCAAUCAGCCAUUAAGCCAUUAAAAGGAAAGGUUUCCACAGGAUCAGAUGUAAUCUCAGAGUAUGUAAAAGCCUGUGAUGGAAUUGGAGGAGCUAUGCAUAAAGCUAUGCUUAUGGCUCAAGCAAUAGUGGGAGUUGUUUUAGGAGGACAAGUUAGAACAUUUGGAGGGAAAUGUUAUAAUUGUGGUCAAAUUGGUCAUUUAAAAAAGAAUUGCCCAGUCUCAAAUAAACAGAAUAUAACUAUUCAAGCGACUACAACAACAGGUAGAGAGCCACCAGACUUAUGUCCAAGAUGUAAAAAAGGAAAACAUUGGGCUAGUUAAUGUCAUUCUAAAUUUGAUAGAAAUGGGCAACCAUUGUCAGGAAACGAGCAAAGGGGCCAGCCUCAGGCCCCACAACAAACUGGGGCAUUCCCAAUUCAGCCCUUUGUUCCUCAGGGUUUUCAGGGACAACAACCCCCACUGUCCCAAGUACCUCAGGGAAUAAGCCAGUUACCACAAUACAACAAUUGUCCCCCGCCACAAGUGGCAGUGCAGCAGUAGAUUUACGUACUAUACAAGCAGUCUCUCUGCUUCCAGGGGAGCCCCCACAAAAAAUCCCCACAGGGGUAUAUGGCCUGCUGCCUGAGGGUACUGUAGGACUAAUCUUGGGAAGAUCAAGUAUAAAUCUAAAGGGAGUUCAAAUUCAUACUGGUGUGGUUGAUUCAGACUAUAAAGGCAAAAUUCAAUUGGUUAUUAGCUCUUCAAUUCCUUGGAGUGCCAGUCCAGGAGACAGGAUUUUUCAGUUAUUACUCCUGCCUUAUAUUAAGGUUGGAAAUAGUGAGAUAAAAAGAACGGGAGGGUUUGGAAGCACUGAUCCGACAGGAAAGGCUGCAUACUGGGCAAGUCAGAUCUCAGAGAACAGACCUGUGUGUAAGGCCAUUAUUCAAGGAAAACAGUUUGAAGGGUUAGUAGACACUGGGGCAGAUGUCUCUAUCAUUGCUUUAAAUCAAUGGCCAAAAAAUUGGCCUAAACAAAAGGCUGUUACGGGACUUGUUGGCGUAGGCACAGCCUCAAAAGUGUAUCAAAGUACUGAGAUUUUACAUUGUUUAGGGCCAGAUAAUCAAGAAAGUACUGUUCAGCCAAUGAUUACUUCAACUCCUCUUAAUCUGUGGGGUCAAGAUUUAUUACAACAAUGGGGUGUGGAAAUCACUAUGCCCGCUCCAUUAUAUAGCCCCACAAGUCAAAAAAUCAUGACCAAGAUGGGAUAUAUACCAGGAAAGGGACUAGGAAAAAAUGCAGAUGGCAUUAAAGUUCCAGUUAAGACUAAAAUAAAUCAAGAAAGAGAAGGAAUAGGGUAUCCUUUUUAGGGGCGGCCACUGUAGAGCCUCCUAAACCCAUACCAUUAACUUGGAAAACAGAAAAACCGGUAUGGGUAAAUCAGUGGCCGCUACCAAAACAAAAACUGGAGGCUUUACAUUCAUUAGCAAAUGAACAGUUCGAAAAGGGACAUAUUGAGCCUUCAUUCUCGCCUUGGAAUUCUCCUGUGUUUGUAAUUCAGAAGAAAUCCAGCAAAUGGUGUAUGUUAACUGACUUAAGGGCCGUAAACACCGUAAAUCAACCCAUGGGGCCUCUCCAACCCGGGUUGCCCUCUCUGGCCAUGAUCCCAAAGACUGGCCUUUAAUUAUAAUUGAUCUAAAGGAUUGCUUUUUUACCAUCCCUCUGGCGGAGCAGGAUUGCGAAAAAUUUGCCUUUACUAUACCAGCCAUAAAUAAUAAAGAACCAGCCACCAGGUUUCAGUGGAAAGUGUUACCUCAGGGAAUGCUUAAUAGUCCAACUAUUUGUCAGACUUUUGUAGGUCGUGCUCUUUAACCAGUUAGAGACAAGUUUUCAGACUGCUAUUCAUUAUAUUGAUGAUAUUUUGUGUGCUGCAGAAACAAGAGAUAAAUUAAUUGACUUAUACAUUUCUGCAAUCAGAGGUUGCCAACGCAGGACUGGCAAUAGCAUCUGAUAAGAUCCAAACCUCCACUCCUUUUCAUUAUUUAGGGAUGCAGAUAGAGAAUAGAAAAAUUAAGCCACAAAAAAUAGAAAUAAGAAAAGACACAUUAAAAACACUAAAUGAUUUUCAAAAAUUGCUGGGAGAUAUUAAUUGGAUUCAGCCAACUCUAGGCAUUCCUACUUAUGCCAUGUCAAAUUUGUUCUCUAUCUUAAGAGGAGACUCAGACUUAAAUAGUAAGAGAAUGUUAACCCCAGAGGCAACAAAAGAAAUUAAAUUAGUGGAAGAAAAAAUUCAGUCAGCACAAAUAAAUAGAACAGAUCCCUUAGCCCCACUCCAACUUUUGAUUUUUGCUACUGCACAUUCUCCAACAGGCAUCAUUAUUCAAAAUACUGAUCUUGUGGAGUGGUCAUUCCUUCCUCACAGUACAGUUAAGACUUUUACAUUGUAGUUGGAUCAAAUAGCCACAUUAAUUUGUCAGACAAGAUUAUGAAUAAUAAAAUUAUGUGGAAAUGACCCAGACAAAAUAGUUGUCCCUUUAACCAAGGAACAAAUUAGACAAGCCUUUAUCAAUUCUGGUGCAAGGCAGAUUGGUCUUGCCAAUUUUGUGGGAAUUAUUGAUAAUCAUUACCUGAAAACAAAAAUCUUCCAGUUUUUAAAACUGACUACUUGGAUUCUACCUAAAAUUACCAGAUGGGAAACUUUAGAAAAUGCUCUAACAGUAUUUACUGAUGGUUCCAGCAAUGGAAAAGUGGCUUACACAGGGCCAAAAGAAUGAGUAAUCAAAACUCCAUAUCAAUCGGCUCAAAGAGCAGAGCUGGUUGCAGUCAUUACAGUGUUACAAGAUUUUGAUCAACCUAUCAAUAUUGUAUCAGAUUCUGCAUAUGUAGUACAGGCUACAAGGGAUGUUGAGACAGCUCUAAUCAAAUAUAGUAUGGAUGAUCAGUUAAACCAGCUAUUCAAUUUAUUACAACAAACUGUAAGAAAAAGAAAUUUCCCAUUUUAUAUUACUCAUAUUCGAGCACACACUAAUUUACCAGGGCCUUUGACUAAAGCAAAUGAACAAGCUGACUUACUGGUAUCAUCUGCAUUCAUAAAAGCACGAGAACUUCAUGCUUUGACUCAUGUAAAUGCAGCAGGAUUAAAAAACAAAUUUGAUGUCACAUGGAAACAUGCAAAAGAUAUUGUACAACAUUGCACCCAGUGUCAAGUCUUACACCUGCCCACUCAAGAGGCAGGAGUUAAUCCCAGAGGUCUGCGUCCUAAUGCAUUAUGGCAAAUUGAUGUCACGCAUGUACCUUCAUUUGGAAGACUGUCAUAUGUUCAUAUAACAGUUGAUACUUAUUCACAUUUCAUAUGGGCAACUUGCCAAACAGGAGAAAGUACUUCCCAUGUUAAAAAACAUUUAUUAUCUUGUUUUGCUGUAAUAGGAGUUCCAGAAAAAAAUCAAAACUGACAAUGGACCAGGAUAUUGUAGUAAAGCUUUCCAAAGAUUCUUAAAUCGGUGGAAAAUUUCACAUACAACAGGAAUUCCCUAUAAUUCCCAAGGACAGGCCAUAGUUGAAAGAACUAAUAGAACACUCAAAACUCAAUUAGUUAAACAAAAAGAAGGGGGAGACAGUAAAGAGUGUACCACUCCUCAGAUGCAACUUAAUCUAGCACUCUAUACUUUAAAAUUUUUAAACAUUUAUAGAAAUCAGACUACUACUUCUGCAGAAUAACAUCUUACUGGUAAAAAGAACAGCCCACAUGAAGGAAAAUUGAUUUGGUGGAAAGAUAAUAAAAAUAAGACAUGGGAAAUAGGGAAGGUGAUAACGUGGGGGAGAGGUUUUGCUUGUGUUUCACCAGGAGAAAAUCAGCUUCCUGUUUGGAUACCCACUAGACAUUUGAAGUUGUACAAUGAACCCAUCGGAGAUGCAAAGAAAAGCACCUCCGCAGAGACGGAGACACCGCAAUCGAGCACUGUCGACUCACAAGAUGAACAAAAUGAUGAUGUCAGAAGAACAGAUGAAGUUGCCAUCCACCAAGAAGGCAGAGCCGCUGACUUGGGCACAACUAAAGAAGCUGACGCAGUUAGCUACAAAAUGCCUAGAGAACACAAAGAUGACACAAACUCCAGAGAGUAUGCUGCUUGCAGCAUUGAUGAUUGUAUCAACGGUGUCUGCAGGUGUACCCAACAGCUCUGAAGAGACAGCGACCAUUGAGAACGGGCCAUGAUGACGACGGCUGUUUUGUCGAAAAGAAAAGGGGGAAAUGUGGGGAAAAGAAAGAGAGAUCAGAUUGUUACUGUGUCUGCAUAGAAAGAAGUAGACACAGGAGACUCCAUUUUGUUCUGUAUUAAGAAAAAUUCUUCUGCCUUGAGAUGCUGUUAAUCUGUAACCUUACCCCAACCCCGUGCUCUCUGAAACACAUGAUGUGUCAACUCAGGGUUAAAUGGAUUAAGGGCUGUGCAGGAUGUGCUUUGUUAAACAGAUACUUGAAGGCAGCAUGCUCCUUUAGAGUCAUCACCACUCCCUAAUCUCAAGUACCCAGGGACACAAACACUGCGGAAGGCCACAGGGACCUCUGCCUAGGAAAGCCAGGUAUUGUCCGAAGUUUCUCCCCAUGUGAUAGUCUGAAAUAUGGCCUUGUGGGAAGGGAAAGACCUGACCAUCCCCCAGCCCGACACCCAUAAAGGGUCUGUGCUGAGGAGGAUUAGUAUAAGAGGAAGGCAUGCCUCUUUGCAGUUGAGACAAGAGGAAGGCAUCUGUCUCCUGCCCGUCCCUGGGCAAUGGAAUGUCUCGGUAUAAAACCCAACUGUAUGUUCCAUCUACUGAGAUAGGGGAAAACCGCCUUAGGGCUGGAGGUGGGACAUGCGGGCAACAAUACUGCUCUGUAAGGCAUUGAGAUGUUUAUGUGUAUGCAUAUCUAAAGCACAGCACUUAAUUCUUUACCUUGUCUAUGAUGCAGAGACCUUUGUUCACGUGUUUAUCUGCUGACCUUCUCUCCAUUAUUAUCCUAUGACCCUGCCACAUCCCCCUCUCUGAGAAACACCCAAGAAUGAUCAAUAAAUACUAGGGGAACUCAGAGGCUGGUGGGAUCCUCCGUAUGCUGAACGCUGGUCCCCUGGGCCCCCUUAUUUCUUUCUCUA